AUGGCCUUUACAACACGCUCAUUCUCUUUCAUCUCCCUCUCCCAUCCAUCCUCGUCUCUACCUCCCUACUCAGCACUCGCAUCCUCCAAAUCUCGCUCCAAACAGCCCAGAUAUCCUCGAAAAGAUCGAUCAAAAUCUAAAUCUAAGCGCAAUGACCCCAGUGAACAAGAACACGAACGAGAACUCCUCACUGAGGUAUCCCAAGGGGAAAAAGAUGAAGAGUGUCCGUGUCCUAGCUGUAUGUAUCCGGAUGUAGAUAGUGUGGGAAGUGCAUCUUCCUCAUCCUCGUCAUCCUCGUCAUCAUUCGACAAUCAUGAUAUCGAUUCAGAGGAAAGUUCCGAUAUUGCAGGAGUGGAAAAUGGAGGUAAAUAUCUCGAACGGCGGAAAAGGAGACGGGAAGGGGGGCGCGAAGUAAAGAUGAAGUGGGGAUUGGCUUGGUUGGGGGGGAGGGGGACGCGGGGGAGAGGAUACGGAUAUUGA